AUGGCCGCGAUCGACGAAUUGAUGGCCCGUCUGAGCGAGCGUAAAACCGAGUUGCAGUGCCAGUGCGAAGUAGCUGUCCUGGCACCCGCGCCACCCGAGGAUUCCAAGCCAGACACGAUUGGUGACGAGCCAGCGGUACCGACCGACGGCGCGCUGGUCCAAGCCCCAACCCGGAGUCGGUCGUACGAAGCGCUCGUGCAAAUGGAAGCUAUCCUCGAAGCACGCCACCGACAGCUCAUGGAGCAUGGAACGCUCGAAGCCUACGAGCGUGCGCCGGCCAAGACACGCCCCGCGAUGGCCGACAUUCAAGAUGAGAUCGCACGCAUGCACAUGCAGCUGCACCCCACAACCGACUAACACAACGUACUACUACUGCA